UAAAAAGUAAAGAUAUUAUGGUGGGGUAGUGUACAAAAAUAGAAAUGUUCAUAUUUUUGUAAAACGCUCCAAAACGACAAAAUGUUCAUGUUUUUAUAAGACGGAUGAAGUAGUAUUUAUUGAAUAACCCCUAAUCAUGCCCAUUAAAAUUCCACUUGAGCAUAAAAAACAAAUUGUACUAACUACAUAACAAAAAUUUAGCUCAAGAGCUACCACCCUCGAAUCCCCGUACAAGUACUUUCAAACGCUAUAUUACUACAAGUUCAACCCCCUUAUCGACUAUUCUUGAAAUCAUGAGUUCCUUUGCAGCUUCCCGGACGAUCCUUACGACAGAAUAUGGGGUAUUGGAGUUUAUGGAAACGGGUCGAUCCCAGUUUCGGGCAACGCGACCUUUAGUGAUGCGACGUCGCCGAGGGAUCGUCCGCCGGUUGCGGUGCUCAAGAAUGCAAUCACUGCAACAACCCCAAAUGGAAGCAUAGAAUUGCUGAUGGGAUUUCCUUCAUAUAAAAUCAAUGUCUACAUAAACUUGUACUUCUCCGAGCUGACUCAGCUCGGAGCAGGCCAGAACCGGUCGUUCAGGAUUUUCAAGGAUAACAAGUCCAACUCGGAUCCAAUCAUUCCUCCUUAUGGAGACUGUGUUGUGAUGUAUGUGAGCGACAUUACAGUUUCCUCGAAUACCACAUUUUCACUUGUGCCGACCAAUGUCUCUACACUCCCACCUCUCAUCAAUGCUUUGGAGAUAUUCCGAAUCGCAGACGACAAGUUAACCAAUGGCACCAACAAGAAAGAUGUUGAAGGCUUAUCUUCACUGCAAGAAAGAUUCAGUGUGUUACAAAGUUGGAGCGGCGAUCCUUGUCUGCCUGCGCCUUAUACAUGGGAUUGGAUCAAAUGCAAUCUUCAACCUAUUCCACGAGUAACAACACUGAUUCUCAAUGGCUACGGCCUGUCUGGGCUGCUUCCGGAUUUCAAAUCCAUGGAUGCUCUUCAAACAAUAAAUCUUAACAACAACAGCUUGCGAGGGCCUAUACCUGAUUUUCUUGGGACUUUACCCAACCUCAAAAUAUUGAAUCUUGCCAAUAAUCAGUUCAACGGUACCGUACCAGCCUCCUUGUCAACAAAAAAAGGCCUAAUUUUAAUGGUAUCUGGGAAUCCUGACCUGUGUACGACGUGCCACGAACCAGCCAUUGUUCCAACAGAGGUGAACUCAUCAAUCAAGAAGAAGAACAUUCUAGAGUUACUGUUUAUCGCCAUGAUUGCGUCUGUGAUCAUAUUAUAAUCAAGGGAGAAUUUGUUUGUGUUAGCAAAUGUGCAUCAGUUUGUGCAGAGGGUGAAAUGAAUUUGUUUAUGUUAUCCAAGCUUACAUGAAAAUGAAUUAUUAGCUGACUGAAAAAGAAAGAACAUUAUUGUAUCAAUAGCUUAAUGCAUGCAGGAAGAGUUCAACAACA